UUCCUCUUGAUAUAAACGUGUUGAUACUCAUUUUUCUUUCAACAACGGAGAUCUAGUUUUCUAUAUACAUUUUGACGUAUGGCAAAAUGGUGGUUCACUGAUAGUAAAGUUCAUUCUUUAUUCAAUGAUAAUGCAAAAAAUAUAAUAAUAAAUACAUAGAUAUAUAUUAUUAAUAAUAAACAAUAUAUAUUAAUUGUGAUUUAAGUGUGCAAUGUAUAUAUAUAAAUUUUGGAUAAUUACUAUCGCCCAUUUAGGAAACAACAGUAUUGACUCAAGCAGGAUGUUAUGAUUACUGUGGUAAUAAAGGAAAUAUUAAAUAAUCAAACAAUAAUUCAAUAAAUUGAUUACCAUGUCUCAAUGUGAAGUGGGAACAUCUGGAUUUCAUCAGCUCAGUGUCACUAUUGAAGCUGCAAUAUUACGCAGCUCAUCCUUUCUAAAGCCAAAUCCUUACGUCGAAUUUUCAGUUGACGACAAAAGUCCUCGUAAAACUGAAGUGUCAAAAGCAACUUAUCAGCCAAAAUGGAACGAGGAGUUUACAAUCCUCGUGACACCAUACUCUCAACUACACUUUCGUCUACUAGACCACAGUACAUUUCGCAAAGACACAAUCAUCGGUGAAAAACGUAUCAGUCUAUUCCAGAUACUGUCACACUACAGUGGGAAGCUCGAAAAUCUAGAGCUAACACUCGAUUUGAUAAACGAAAGUAAACAUGACUCCCAAUUAGCCAAAGUCGGCGAACUAGUGACUCUGUUCGAUGGUCUGAAAAUUGAUAUGACGACAGUGACACCGCCAGUUGUCAUCGAGCAGGUACGUCAGCCAGCCUGUACAUCAUCAGUUGGCUCGCAUCCCCUGGGUGCUGCUAAUUCAGCAGACCCAGCAAAUAAUCGCAGUAUUUUAAACGGCGGGAUCCGUGCACUGAUGCGCGGUCAAGGAACUGAAAACACAGCACCAACGCAGCAUCGAAACCCAUAUCUAGUUUAUGACCCUAGUGAUUUCGGACAGUCGGUCUUGAUCAAUUCAAACGGAACACCGCGAAAUGUUAUGGGCAACGCGGUUUUAUCAGCAAGACUACCACCGCUUUCUGACAACGGAUCAGUAUCAAGAACUACUGUCGGAUCCAGUCGUUUGUCAGGCGAGUCAAGCAAUGGAUCAAGAUCCAGUGUCGGAUCACGACUACCCAAAGACAUUUGCGAUGAUCACAAUGGAGUUUUGAUUGGACCACGUGUUCAUCCAGAUCAAUUGAAUUCUCGCAGUGAUAAUACCGUAGCUACGUUUCGUUUACCUCUUGAUACUUCACGAGAUGAUGGCAAUAUUGGGUCACGUCAUACAGAAAUGUCACGUGAUAAUCCUGCGUCAUUUUCAGUUGAUAGUAUUCGCGAUGACAGCACAGUGGCAGUUGCCGGAGGAGUUGGAGUUCCUGGAGUAUCAACAACAGCCACAACGGCAACGACAACAACAACUGGGUUGCGAUUACUCGCUGAAAGACGUAAUGAUAAUUCUCAGAUCGUGUCGUCUAUGAUGCUACCGGAUGUAUCACAACGACGUUAUGAUAAUUCACCUGUAGUUCCAGUGGUUAUUUCGAAUGAUCAAAUUCAGCAACCGGGUUCUGGUGAAGCUGCUGCUGUUCCUGUUGCUGAUGUUGAAGCUGCUGAAGAACCUUUACCACCUGGGUGGGACAUGCGCUAUGACGUUUAUGGACGGAGGUAUUACGUAGAUCACAACACGCGAAGUACUUCGUGGGAGAGACCGCAGCCGUUGCCGCCUGGAUGGGAAGUGCGUCGCGAUCCACGGGGAAGAAUUUAUUAUGUUGAUCAUAAUACCCGCAGCACCACGUGGCAGCGACCGAAUACUGAGCGACUGCAACAUUUCCAGCAGUGGCAAGGGGAGAGACAGUUCGUGGUACAACAGGGCAACCAACGGUUCCUUUAUCCCCAAGCUGGGGGACAGCCGAUUGUCGCUGGUCCGUCAACGAGUGUUGCGACUGAUGAAGAUGAUGCACUUGGACCACUCCCUGCUGGGUGGGAGCGUAGAAAACAACCGGAAGGAAGAGUUUAUUAUGUCAAUCAUAAGAAUAGAACGACGCAGUGGGAGGAUCCGAGGACUCAGGGUCAGGAGACGGGUAUUGAUGAGCCGCCAUUGCCUGAUGGCUGGGAAAUACGUCUUACUGAAGAUGGUGUAAGAUAUUUUGUUGAUCACAAUACACGGACUACUACAUUCCAAGAUCCGAGACCUGGAGCACCUAAAGGACCAAAAGGUAUUUAUCGUGUGCCAAGAGCAUACGAGCGUUCUUUCCGGUGGAAAUUAUCACAAUUUAGGUUUUUGUGCCAAACCAAUGCGUUACCUAAUCAUAUUAAAAUAAGUGUCAGUCGACAAACACUUUUUGAAGAUUCUUAUCAUCAGAUAAUGAACGCUGAGGCGUUUGCGUUGAGACGAAGAUUGUAUAUUAUAUUUAAAGGUGAAGAGGGAUUAGAUUACGGUGGAGUUUCGAGAGAAUGGUUUUUCUUACUAAGCCACGAAGUUUUGAAUCCAAUGUACUGUUUAUUUGAGUAUGCUAAUAAGAGUAAUUAUAGUUUACAAAUAAAUCCAGCGUCUUAUGUUAAUCCAGAUCAUCUGCAAUAUUUUAAAUUUAUCGGGAGAUUCAUCGCAAUGGCUUUAUAUCAUGGGCGAUUUAUCUAUAGUGGAUUUACGAUGCCGUUUUACAAACGAAUGUUAAAUAAAAAACUAAUAAUGAAAGAUAUUGAAUCUAUUGAUCCCGAAUUUUACAAGUCACUCGUCUGGAUAAAAGAAAAUAACAUUGACGAGUGUGGCUUAGAGCUGUAUUAUAGUGUCGACUUUGAAAUACUCGGUCAAGUCAUUCAUCAUGAACUAAAAGAAAACGGUGAUAAAAUAAGAGUCGUUGAAGAAAACAAAGAAGAAUAUAUGAGAUUAAUGACAGAAUGGAGAAUGACAAGAGGGAUUGAAGAACAAACAAAAGCAUUUUUAGAAGGUUUCAAUUCUGUUGUACCUCUGGAAUGGCUCAAAUAUUUUGACGAACGUGAGCUUGAGCUUAUGCUUUGUGGUAUGCAGGAAAUAGACGUUGAUGAUUGGCAACGUAAUUCUAUUUAUCGGCAUUACACGCGAAAUAGUAAACAAGUUCUUUGGUUCUGGCAGUUUGUACGAACAACAGACAAUGAAAAAAGAGCAAGAUUGUUACAAUUUGUUACGGGAACAUGUCGAGUACCUGUCGGUGGAUUUGCGGAAUUAAUGGGAAGUAAUGGACCCCAACGAUUUUGUAUUGAAAAAGUUGGCAAGGAUACUUGGCUACCAAGAUCUCAUACUUGUUUCAACAGAUUAGAUUUACCGCCGUACAAAAGUUACGACCAGAUGGUGGAAAAAUUGAAUUACGCAAUAGAAGAAACUGAAGGUUUUGGUCAAGAAUAGUACCAAAAUUUAUUCAAUAAAAAAUAUAUAAAUCCAUCGAAUUAUUAUAUAAAUUGUUAUCAGAAUUAUCACUGUCAAUUUAAUAGGUAUGUUGUGUAAUUCAAAUUAUAAAUUAAUAUCCAAGUACAGAAUCAUAGAAAAAAAAAAUAAUUCAAAUUCAAAUUUUUUUAAACUUUUUUUUAAAGAAAAAAAAGGUUUUAUAAUUCAGUGGUUUUAUUUGCACAUUAUUUUCUUACCCGUGUAGAGAAAAUUUUCUAAAAAUAUUUCAAAAAAUUUCGACGUGGAAAUUCAAAACUUGAGACAGAUUUAAACUUCAAGGGAAACUUUUUUUAAACUUUUGUAGUUUGACAGUAAAAAAAAGUAUCUAGGAUUUUAUAUCCGAAAUUUGAGUAAAAAAAAAUUACUAAAACAUAUUUUUCAAAUUGUAUUUUUACCCUCAUUUUAAAAAUUUUGAAUUUGAAAUUUUUUAUAAAUGAUUUUUUUAUUUUUAUUGAGCUAUUGGUUUUUAAUGGAAACUUUUUCGGAACGAGGGUAAAAAAAAAAAAAAACGUCUUUACUAGAAGAUUCUCUUGUAAAAUCCUGGAUGAACUUUUUUUUUUAUUAUCAAAUCUACGGAAGUUAAAAAAAAAUUUAAUUAAAAUUCUAAUGUCUCAAGUUUAAAAUUUUCACGUCGAAUAUUUUUGGAAUGAAUUUUUUUUGCGGAUCUCUUGGUUGUAUUUUUGAAAGCAAUAAUUUAUAUAAAAAAAGUUUUUAAAAAAAAUUACUAAUCUCUUAAACCAAAAAAAUGUUUACUGUCCAACAAUUGGCUGUCAAUUAAAUAAAAAAAAAAUCCAUGUACAAUUUUACAAUUAUCGACGAUUUGAACAAUCGAAUGUCAUAAUUAACUUCAAGUAAAAUAUAAAAUUUCUUUCAUAUAUCAGUUAUAAGGUAAUGUAUAUAAAAAAAGUAAAUGCGGUAAUAUAAAAAAAUUAACACGAGUGUAUAAUUUUAUUAUUAUAAAAAAAAAUAAUAAUGAUAUUGAGUAAAAAAAUUAUUUAUAAAAUUAUUUUAUGAUAAAGUUGUGUACAUACUUUCUGAAUAAUUGUGUGAAAAGAACAGCUGUAUAUAUGUAAUGAACUGAUGAUUAAUUAAUUAAUUAACUAGUUAAUUAAUUGAAAAUGAGUGAAAAAAUGUUACGCGCUUGUAGAAAAAAAAUAAAAAAAAGAAGAAAAGAUGUUGAGUAAAUAUAUAUAUAUGAAAAUAUAUAAACGAUAAUAGCUUGCGAUUUAUAAUCGUUGAAGAAAUAUAUAGUAUUUUAAAAUAUUAAAUGAAACAAUUCCAUAGUUUUAUUUUUUAAUUAUAAUUAUUUAUGAUAGUAUUUUUUUUUUGUUUUAUAAAUUAAUCACAGGAACAAAAUUCACAUUCUAAUAGUUUAGUUCUGACAUUAGACUGCUCAAUUUAAUGUACUUAAGAGAUGUACAUUAUGCGAAAUAGAAAAUCUAAUUAUUUUUAUUGUUUUAAUUUAAAAUAAUUAUUGUAAAACAUUUUUGUAGUCACUAAUAAUUCUUUUUGUUAUUUUUAAAAAUUUAUUUGGGCACGGUAAAAUUAUUAUUAUAUUAUUAUGAA